AUGUGUUUGAUUUAUAUUGGUACGUCCUCCACUCAGCCGCCACCGAUAGCUAGUAUCGUUGGGGACCCGGUCGGAGCGCCCGAGGAGGUCAAGAAUGCGCUGUUGAGAUGCUUGAAGGAGAAAUCACCGAUACCCGCGACGGUGCGCUGCGCCUACCCGCUACCCAUACCGCCCGCGGUGGCUCUGAUAUUCAACCUAACUACCACUACAUCUCCAAGCCCAGCAACUCAGCCCCAAUCCACGACCGAGAGACAAUCUCAGGAACUGCUGAUGGGCUCCGACGGCCCCACGUUCACGGCCCCGGAGUCUAUAACUGCAGACCCUAGGAGCUUGUCUUACGACUCGGUCUAUGUCCCAGGUUUCAGCCUUAACUUUCACAGAAUUCAAAAAAGGUCUUUAAAUAAUAUACUUGAUCAAAGACGAAAUGUCCGCGUUCUCAAAAAACGAUUAAUAGAUGAAAAUCCCACAAUAAAUCUGAUGAAGUAUUACGUCAAACAUCAAGUGUGGAAGAAUUCUAAUCCAAGCAAGUACGAGUCAAAGAAUUCGUCAAACUUUGAAGUUAAUAACGAACUACCAGUCAAGCACAAGAGAUCGAUAUUCCGCAGAACAACUCCAAAUUACCGCAGACCAGUACACACUCUACAACUAGUCAAACAACGCAUCAAAACAACACUCGGAACGCACUUCCAUAAAAAUAGAGAGCAAAUGAUGAAACUUAAAAGUACUUUGGACUCCAUUCGUAGUAUAACCUAUAAAAAAAGUGUUACCAAAGCUAAAAUUCAUAGAAGAUCCGUCCAUUACGAGGACAUGUUUCUGCCAAGGAUACCAGACGAGCCCACACGGGACAUAAGUUAUUACGUAAAGAAUAAAGAAGGUACGAAUGUGUCUCCUAACCUGCUGCAGGCUGCUCAGGUGCGGUUGGGUUUGCAACAAGCGUUCCAAACCGGCAACAUCGAGGUAGUGAGGCGCUACGGCUCCAAUUACAACCCUCUCGUGCCGUCCCCGUUUUAUGCCGGAGUGUUGAGGAGCGCGGCUGAUGUUUAAUAUAUUUUUAACUGUCUUAGGUAUAUUAUGAAUAUGUAGAAUAUGUUUUUUAUACUCUAUCUAU